AUGUUUUUGUGUGAAAUUUCAGCUGAUGUGAGCGAAAAAGAAAAUAAUAAUAGCAGUAACAGCGGCACUAACAACAACAGCACCACCAAAAACAACGGCGGUGAUCAAAGUGAAGCCACAAAUAAGAAAGCGGCGAAUAUUAUCAAAACGGAGAGAACAGAAGAAAACGAUACGAAAGAAACGAAUUUGUGUGCUAGAGAGGAAUCGUCGACGCCACCCAUCAAAAAAGCAAAAAUCGAGAAUGGUACCAUAAAUCAUAUUCGAAACAAUACGGCAACCAAGAAUUGCCUGGCUGCUGGAGGGGGAGCGUUGGUGAACGGUGAUAUUGCUUCGAAAGCAGCCACCACAUUGCAGUCAUCUGCUAGUGCUGCCACCAGCGCCACAGCAUCAAGCUCCUCUUCUCCUCAACAUCUGCUAUCGUCUGUGGCUGUCACACAACCGCCAGAGUCCUCAUCGCCAAUACCUACAACUAUGAUGACGACGGUAACAUCAGCCAAAUUGAACGCCGCCACUCAACAGCAUCAAUCAAACAACAGCACAUCGAAUACAACCACUCCGUCGAAUCUAACCGAUGACACGGAUGUCUCCUCUCCACCACUAGAAAAUGGCACGUCUGCUCCAACAUCUACUCAUGACACAACAACAACGUCCACAGCACCCGGUGGUGCAGCAGCACCACCUUCUGUAGCGGCCGGUUCUGUGCAAGCAGUCGCUUAA